GUUUAACCCUCAGUCAGCUCAGGAGUCUCAGUCAAAACGCUCUUCACCAACUUUUACUCCUCACUCGCUCCAAGGAAAUCUCUCUGAGAUUUUACAGGAAAUCCAACUUGGACACUUUUUCACAGCUUUCUCCUCUCGUGAUUCGCUUAUGCAAAGGCAAACCAUAAUCAAUGUGAGAAUCUGACGACAAGACAGAGCAAGAAAUGUUGAGCACACACCCACCCGGCCUGACUUGUCAAAUCUCAUCCUGCAACCAAGUUGAACAAGACUUUCUCCGGUGUUAGCGAUUAAGAGAACUUGCUGCUCACGACGAGAAACGAUUUAGUCAUGGGUGCGAAAGAAAUCGGAUAUAAUCACUUGAAAAUACUCGUGUUACUACCUUUUGUGAUAUCCAACCUGGCCACGGGAAGCGUACUCAAUGAAGGCACUUGGUGGUUAUUAGGUACGGACAGACAACAUUCCACCCACCAGCACAUGAGCGACAUGGCCCCUGGAUACAAGUCCCCCCAACACAACAAUUGCUCUGCUGUCACAUACCUCAGUGAACGACAGAAGCACAUGUGUCAGAAGAGCGACAGAGUUUUUGACACAAUCAGCUCAGGAGCCAAAUUGGGGAUUGAAGAAUGUCAACAUCAACUCCAGUCGCACCGAUGGAAUUGUUCCGUCAUUCGUGAAGCAGCCAACGUCUUUGGCAAAGUGCUCGAUAUUCAUACGAGAGAGAAAGCAUAUGUCCACGCAAUUUCUGCGGCGAGUUUGGCCUAUCAAGUGACCAAAGCUUGUGCUAAGGGAGAAUUACAAGACUGUUCCUGCGAUGAGACUGUGAGGUCGAGAAGUACGAAGGGGCAGUGGCAGUGGGGCGGAUGUUCUGAGGAUGUGAAAUACGGCGGAUUGUUCAGCAAAGAGUUUGCCGACUCAAUAGAAGACGGUACGUCGCCCACUGGACUGAUGAAUCUAUGGAAUAACGAAGCUGGUCGAAGGUUGAUGAAGAAUUCGAUGAACAUGUCGUGCAAGUGUCAUGGCGUGUCAGGUUCUUGUACAAUGAAAGUGUGUUGGCGAGUGCUCACUCCGUUCCGUUCCAUUGCUGAACAAAUUCGAGAGAAAUUUGAUGGAGCCUUCCGGGUCAAAGCCGUGAGACGGAGUGUUAAUAAAAAUGGGAAAAUAAACAAACUGAGACUCAAACCCGUUCUCAGAGAGAUGAAGAGACCUACGAAGAAGGACCUCGUGUUUUUGGACGAUUCUCCAACUUACUGCGAGAAAAAUGAGACGAUGCAAGUGUUGGGAACAAAGGGUCGCGUGUGUAAUCAGACCAGCGAUGGGCCUUCUGGCUGUCUCAUCAUGUGCUGCGGCCGAGGUUAUCAAACGAUGCUGCGGGAAGGGGUGGACUCUUGCAACUGUCAAUUUGUCUGGUGUUGUCGAGUCGAGUGUGACAAAUGCCCGUACAAAAGAGAUGAACACAUUUGCAAUUGAAAUAAUUGACAUGCAUUACUCGACUUCGAAUACAUGUUAAAUCUCACAAUAGUCAAUCAAACAAAACUACACCAAAAAUCAAUGCAAACAUAUUUUCUGUGUUCAGUAUGCAGGCAAAUUUAAAACUGAUUCGUAAUGGUAUUUGUACUUUAGAUUUAACUAUAAUGUUCUUGUACGUAUAAAAUGCACAUAUAUUAUUAUGAAUAGUGGCUUUAUUUGUAAAAUGCAUAAGACAGAAUGCAUAUAUGUACAGAUUUACGUGCAUAUUAAUUCCAUAAAAUAUUGCAAAUACUAGAUUGCAAUAUGCACUAUUAUCCAUGUACUAAUCCAUAUAUGAUAGAUACUUAAACCCUAAACGUCGAUUAUACCACUGGUUUUCAGUCUAAACUGAUUGUUGUUAGAAUUUUGUAUUUGUGGUGUGGUACGUGUACACACUUGAUGAUAAGUACUUUAUGUCGUCGAUAUAGCGUAAACUAAUAUUGUAUUUAGUUACUGAUUUCAAAGCUAAAGUAGAAUUCGCCGUUCUCUUGUAAUGAGGUGUAAAAAGUUACCACUUGCCAAAUUACUUUGCCGACCACCUCCUCAUUCCUUGAAGUGUGUCAAUAAAUACAACAUCCUAAAAGAUGUACAUUUUUACGAUUGAGUUUUAUAAGCAAAAGGUGUGCUGUUGAAAUAAAUCUGUAAUUUAUUUCUCUCUUUAA